CUUGCUGGGGAUAAAACCUGGGGGCUGCAGGAGAAGAAGGACACUUUGGAGCGAGAUGGCAAGGGGGACGGUGGCCACAUACCUGCAGGGAGUGCUUCUCCUGGCUGUGUGGAAACCCUCACUACAAGGAGCUCAGGUGUAUUGGCGUAUAUGUACCAGGCGCUGGAGGAGCUGGAGCUGCCACAGGAGGUGGUGCAGGGCCUGGAUUUGGCCCCGGUGGGACUGGAACUGGAUUUGGUCCGGGUGGAGCUGGGACAGGUUUUCAGCCUGGUGGUGGAAUCGGACCAGGCGGGACUGGAGGCUAUGGUGGACAAGGACCUGGAGGGGUCGGACCUGGAGGGGUCGGACCUGGAGGUGUCGGACCAGGAGGGGUCGGACCCGGAGGUGUCGGACCUGGAGGGGUCGGACCUGGAGGGGUCGGGCCUGGAGGGGUCGGACCUGGAGGGGUCGGGCCUGGAGGAGUCGGACCUGGAGGGGUCGGACCAGGAGGGUUCCGGCCAUCAAACUUUGGUCCAGGCAGUGGGGGCCCAGCACUUGUGCCUGGUGGUGUUGGGGCAGGUGGAUACGGUGGACGCGGAACGGGACAGGGAGCUGGGGGUUUGGGAGGAGGGACUGGUGGAUUUGGACCAGGUGGUGUUGGUCCUGGAGGCUAUGGAACUGGACCUGGUGGAGUUGGUCCAGGUGGUUAUGGACAAACUGGCACUGGUUCAGGUGGCCAAGGCACAGGAUAUGGAAGCCUUGGAGCAGGAAGCCUUGGUGCUGGUGGGGGCCAGGGAGCUGGAACUGGUUACACACCUGGAGGUGGUGUGGGAACAUCACUUGGUGGUGCCGGUUAUGGGCCUGGUGGAACUGGGUUUAGACCUGGUGGUGCAGGGAUUGGUCCUGGUGGAGCAGGUGUUGGACCUGGUGGGCCUGGUGGAGCAGGGGUUGGGCCUGGGGGAACAGGAUAUGGGCCUGGUGGUGCAGGGGCUGGGCCUGGUGGAGCUGGGGUUGGGCCUGCUGGUACAACUGGCGGAGGACCUGGAGUUAAGACUGGUGGCAAAGCAUCUAAACAAGUUCCAGGCAUUGGGGUGCCUGGACUCUAUCAAGGAGGAUUCGUCCCUGGUCAAGGUUUUGGAGGCCGUGGUGUUCUUCCUGGAGUUGCUACAGGUUCUGGAGUUGGAGCUCAGAGUGGAUCAGGAGUACUCGGUCAAGGUGGCGCAGGACCAGGAGGAGCAGCUGAUGGCCGUGGACAACAGCUACCUGGAGUGUUCCGGGGUUACCCUCUUAUAUCACCAAAAUCAGGAUCAGGAAAAUCAAAGAAACCAGGAAAAGCUGCAGCUAAAUAUGGUGGAGCUGGAGCUGGAGGAGGUGGUCUGGGUCAAGGAGGAACUUUAGGAGGUGGAAGGCUUCCUGGAGGGGGAGCAGGAGUCAUACCUGGAGUAGGAAGUGGAACCGGAACAGGAGCUGGGCCUGGAUUUGGAGGUG